AAUCGAUUCAAAUCUCAUUUCGAACUGUUCCCUAUAGAGAAUCUCAAUGGCGUGGAUGAUCCUGUGGAUGUUGCUGCUGAGUUCGGGAUUCUUCCAGGAUGCCGUGGGAUGCACAAAUGACACUUGUCACGAAGACAAUGCCCUUGUGCAGUUGCCCAAGUCUCAAAGCUCGACUUCUGUCUGGGUUCUAGGAGUUUCUUCACAAAGCUGCGAUGAUGCUUGUGAAGCAGUGUCGGGCAUUUGCGACUUAGACACGAUGAAGAGCGCCACACAGACAGACCUUGAAAAGGCAUUCACAAAUUUGAACACAGGUUACCAGGUUUUAACUACACAGGUCUUCCAAGCGUCUGGUGUUCCACAGAGGUCCAAGAACCUCGGAAUCUUGUACUUUCACGGAUUUGAUUGGGGCGGCGGACAACAGGCCCAACUCUUUUUGAUUUCAGAUCGAAGUUUCAUGAAUUGUGCAGUGAGCGGAGGAGGAGAUGCUAUCCCGGGGCGUACUUUGCAGAGAAUGUGCUCUUGCAUUGUCCAAAAUAAUGAUCCGGGGAUUGUGAAUGGAGACCCACACAUUCAAACUCUUCAUGGCGCUCGCUACACGUUGCUGCGAGAGGGCACUUUCAGGGCUUGGAGCUUCAAGAAAGGACAAGCGGACUUGGAGCUGUUGGCUGCCUAUGGAGGGCCCAGGUUCACAACACAAGCGCUACUUCUCAAGGAGACGUCUGGCAAAACGAUGGAAAUGACCGUGAAGGACUGUGCAUGGCACACGCUUCGCGGAAACGACACAUCACCCAUCCAGUUCAAGGCCAAGGGAGCUCGCAAGCACAAAGAGUUCAAAGACGUGUUCAUGCAGACCAUCACCAUGAAGCAAGAGCACCGAAAGAUCGCGAAGCUCGUCAGCAAUUGCCGAAUUGGCAAGCACAUGGAUUUCAAGGUGAACAUGUUUAGAAAGAGCGAGCUGGCGCAUGUCGGUGGGCAAUUGGGGACUGCUCCUGGCAGCAUCAAGACAGGGAACCAUCUUCUCCGACUUGACCAGGACAUGAGCAUGAAAGCAGACUCAGAGUUCAAGGUCGGGAGGAUGCAUGUUGGCAUGAUGUGGUUUCUUGUGUAGAUUGGCAAGUCCCGCAAGCCCCACAAGUCCCGCAAGCCCUAAAUCCCGCAGGUCCCGCAAGCCCCGGAAGGCCCGCAAGCCCCGCAAGUCCCGCAAGCCCUAAGUGCCGCAGGUCCCGCAAGCCCUAAGUCCCGCAAGUCCCGCAAGCAAGCCCCAAAAGCCCCAAAAGCCCCAAAAGCCAAGCCCCGCAAGUCCUGCAAGUUUCGCAAGUCCUGCAGGUCCCGCAAGUGGAAGCCCCGCAAGUCCCGCAAGCCCUAAGUCCCGUAGGUCCCGCAAGCCCCGCAAGCCAAGUCCCGCCGCAAGCCCCGCAAGCCCUGGAAGCCCGGUAAGCCCCGCAAGUCUUGCAAGUCCCGCUCCCGCAAGGUUGAAGAGACUUGGCAGUCCCUGGGAGGGAGUGAAGAGGCCAGCGUGGAUUUGGAAAGUAAGAUGCAAGGCAAACCUACUGAGCUGUCGGUAGGCCACCACCAUGUGUGCCAAGCAUUUCCCGAAUGUCCAUUCCGAGGUGGGGAUAGACCAACUAUGGCCCGGGGUUCGAGAAAUUCCUUUUCACCCAUAUGAAUCAUGAAAAAGAAAAUAUGACUCAUAUGACUUGUGAUCAAUGGGCCACCAGGGUUUCAACAUCUAGGUUUCCCCUUGUACAAAGGUCGGGGUUUCACAUGUUUUCACAUGGCGACCUGCCGACCAGGUCUUCGUGAACUGUGUCUUCGACACUUGCAAUGGCGGAGAUGAAGCAGAUGCUGCCACAGCCGCCGAGCUGAUGUCAGCUUGAGAUUCUCCGAUUGUCCUUGAGGGAGGGCUCAUCCGGCCAAACUGGCCAAACUUACAACAUUUUCUAAACCUGAUAUGGCUAUGGGUCAAAAUUGGG